GUCGAUUGGCCCGUUCGGUUAGACCUCUGGUUAGACGCUCUCCAACGCUCUCUAUGAUUAUAGCAGAACGUAUACAUAUGACAUGGACAAGUAUCGCCCCCUCGAUUGCUUCCCAUUUAUUGUUGGUUUCUCGUAUUAUCUUUACAGGAAUACAGAUAAUUUUCAGAUUCGACCCGUGAUAAUACCACAGAAAGCAAGAAACGAUCGAACAACUUUACUGAUUAAAAAAUUUGCUGUCCACCGGUAUGGCGGGCAAUCUGGCUGCAAAGCUUUGUUCAUCCUUACAUGACAGGGCUGUUAAAGAUGACAUAUACGUGCUGCGCGCGCAAUCACGGUUUUAUGCAGAAAAUUUGAAUGUGAUUGACAGACGAACAACAUUAAAGAUUACGACCUAUCUCGUAUUUGAUGAUUUUCUCACAUUGUGAAUUUCAGCCGAACAAUGGAAGUUAUUGGGACAAGAGAAAGAUGGGUCAUUAUUAGUUGGAUGGAUAGAAGAAAAUUGUGCCGAAGAUGAACCAAUGCGAUCACAUUCUGUAAUUGGCCAUUAUGAUAGGGCAAAGGACAACUUACAGGUUUUGCACGAAUUCUCUCAAGUACUGAACAUUGUUCAAGCUACAAUAAAUCAAUGUCAUACACUGCUUGGCUUUGUUACUAAGUCUGUCUCUCCAGUGGUUGAUCAAACAUCGCUAACUGACUCCGGAACAGAAAAUAAAAUGCCACAGUUGUGUGAAGAUUCGGAGGUGUAUCAAGUUUAUGUCAUAGAGCUUUGUUCGAGCACUAAAGAUCUUCACAAUUUAGAGCUGGAGAGAAGUAAGCAGGUGCGAAUUCAAUUUCUCUACAAGCAACGCCCACAGAGAGAUUCCGACAAGUUCCUAGUCCUUAUCCAUCAGGAAUCUGUAAUGUUGUACACAACUUACUUUGACAUAUCCGACGAAGAAGCUAAUUCAGUAAAGGAACUGAAUUCAGAAUCUUUGGUCCGGACAUUUAUCUGGGCUCAAUGGGACUCUGUAAAUCAAGUAUUAUAUCAUAUACAUCAUCGCAGAUCCACAACAAGCUUAGUUACAGAAGAAGCUAGCAAUAGUCAACCAAAAACACCUGGAUCGUACCCAACACUGAGUGGUCUCCAGUUCCAUGAUGAUCUACCCCAUGAAACAGUUUUAAAUAUACCAUUGAAUCUACCUCAGCUGCCUGGUUCCAAUCAUUGUGGAACAUACGAGGAUGACGUGAUUCCCUUAAGAGUUCAUGACUGUUCGUUGGACUUAAUUGUUGUGUCAGACCCAAAGGGGAUGGUAUGCAUAUGCCAUCAUUAUCUCUAUCGUCCUGAAAAUCAGGUGCAAGACCCAAUAGAGAACAGCUGUCUCUCCGAUCUCAACACGGUACAUUUUGCAUACUCCGUUACUGUUCUUCAUCAUAGCUGUGUAAUCCAUUGCGUCGUACCAGGGAUACCUUGGGUACGUGCCAAGUUGAUGAGGCCAACCUUUGCUAUAUACGGCGAUCAUCACAUGGUCGUAUUUGUCCAAGGAUCCUUCACACACUUGUUGGAGAUUGGUGUGACUCACGAACCGUGUUGUCAUAUUCUAUCUGGUCCACUAACUUGCGUACCACUACAGUCUUCUUAUCUAGUACCUUUGCUAGACCUGAACAAGAAUCAUAUUGACGCUAAUAGUAAUAGUAAUAAUAGCAAUAAUAGUGAAAGGCCUCGGAGUAUGAAAGCUAGUGAGAGUCGUACAAAUACUAACACAAAAAACACUAAUUCUGCAAAGUCGGACAGUUAUGGUGGUUUGAUGAAUUCAAUUUCUAAUCCAUUAACUGUAGAUCUUCCAACAUUGGACCUUGUGCCAUUGAUAAUACCUGCAGACUUCUUGAUCGAUGUAUUUCGUAAAGAAACAUCUGUUGAAGUGCGACUUGGCAUUCUUCACUACUUCCUGAUUCAUCGAAAUGAUCCCGAUGUAGUUAUAGAACUAAUUUCCAUCAUAGCUCAGAAGCCUAGACUGUUGAGUGUUGCACGACUUUUGGAAGAAAUUCUCAUUUCUGGAUCAUAUGCAGCAGUGCAAAAAAAUUUGCCUGCAGAUGCGCAGCAAUUAAUAUCGUUGCUGCCGUUUACUACAAUGCAAAAUAGCUCAAACACUGAAAUCAAAGUGAAUGAUCUAACCGUCACCCUUAGCCAUGAAAAAUUAUGGAAUACUUCCGUUAUGCUGUUGUCUCCACAACAACGACUGGUUCCCUACUGCAACGAUCUAUGGACCCAACUAUGGGAUCAGCUGGGCAAAUGUAAUAGUGAUAAACCAAGAUUCAAACCAAGUCAAGUUGCCGAAAAGCUUAUGGUCUCCUUGGCCUGUUAUCAACCAGAAGCCUUAUCUAGAUCUAGCACGCCAAUGUCGCCUAGUGGAGGAUUCGCAGUGACAGCAGCUUCCUUGGGAGAGCUAAUGGGCUGUCGAGGGAAUAACAAGAUGUUAGAUUCCAAUUUGCCAUUCGUUGAGGUGGAGAAUUGUACAGCCUCGAAACAAGAGCACGUUGUAUCAGUGAAUUUGCGAGAGCUCUCGAUGCACCUUUUGAAACACGGAACUCAAACAUCGACAAUGCGAUUGCAGGGAAUCUGUACCCCUUUGCACUUGCAUGCAAUGGCAACUAGACAUGUAGCUGCUCAGUUAGAAACGUCACGCUCACUGUGUCAAAUGCUUUGUCGAGCCUCCAGCGUUGACGCAAAAACUGAACAAGAACAAGGAUUUAUUCUUAUUGAUCAGUUGGAUGAAGCCAGACGUUCUUUAUUAUUUACCCUACUGGAACGCUAUCGUUAUGCCAUUGAAAGUACUGCAUUUCCAUUACCACAAGGGUUCACAUCUUUUUUUACCUACCUUGGAUACCGCAGUCUCAAAUAUCCAACAUUCUUACAGUAUGUACAAAGAAAUGUAUUUGAGCUACAGGUUGAUGUUAUGAAAGUAAUCAUGGCUGAUUCAGGUGACACAAAAGAUGGAGUCUGUAGAAAAUUAGGCUUGCUUUCCUUACUGCCGAGAUCUAGAGCAAAAAGACUUCUUAAUCAGUGGUUACAUCCCGUUAGUUUGAUGUUACGAGCUCGGGAACACGCUACCAACAUACUAUCUGGAGAAAUUUCCCAGUGCCGUGGAAGAAUAUCGCAGCAUCAUAUCAAUCAUAAUGGAUUAGCAGCUUUUCCUUCGGCAGACCGACUUUCACCACUUGACACAUUCCUAGAUUUGCUGACUGCAAAAGCUAGUCUCACAGAACUAGACUUUGGUUUGCUGAUAGAAGCGACAGUAACGUCAACAGAAGAUUUUCUAUAAUCAGGACCACUGCUAGAUACAUAGCGAUUGACUUUUGAUUGUAGAAUAUAUCUGUGCCAUUGUAUCAUAGUGGGAUGAAGUAUCUAGUUACAUAUUCUGACUAAUAUAUCAUCAUUCUCGUACCAAUGGCUCAAACAAGUUCUUGGCUUACUUUUAAAGUUGACUGUGCAUUCAUACGUUUUUAUGCAACGUAUUCGUAGUUUAUAAAAAUAAAAAAGAUGAACGGUGCAAUAUUUUAUCAUUCUGAGUAUUCCGUGCUUCUUUAAAUGUUCCAGGGAGUAUUUCAGUUCUGAUUUUAUGAUGCAUUUAUUGUACGUAUAAAAAUACCAUGGAAAUCCUUCACAAUUUUUAAACAAAUGCUAAAGCGUAAUUUAAAAAAAAAAAAGAUGCCCGUAUUCUUUAAAUAUUGCCAUACAGUAUUGUGAUAGACCUAGGGUGUGCUAAAAUUCUCAAUAAGUAGCAAAUAAGAGUUGAUUUCUAUUUUUGGUUUUACCAAUCUACAUCUUCCUAUCUAGAAAUUAUUGUUCAAUUCCAUGUGUUGUGCUUUAUAUUAAAGGUAUGAUAUUAUAUAAUAAUUUUAUUUACGUGGUACUGCUAGUUUAAUAAGUUUCCGAAAGUGGGAUAUUGUGCAAUAAUGUUUUAAUACAGAGCUACAUCUCCGUACAAUCAGAAUAAUUAUGGGUCUGUAUUUUUAACCGUCUUUUACUUAGUCAUGUCGAAAAUUAAACAAAAUCUUAUUAUAAAUGAUUUAUGGUUUCGGCGACACUGUUGAAAUUUAUAAUGUUUGUGCAAGUGAUAACAGUUUUUCAUAGCAAGUAAUUUUAUCUGAAUGUGAAUUGCAUCUGAAAUGAGCAUGAUGAUAUGUCUUAGUCUUUAGUCUCUUUUCACGAUGAUGGGUUCAAACUAGAUUUAAAGCAUUGAACCAAAUAGCUUCACGCGACUUAGAUGAUAUAAAUAAAUUUUGUUCAAACUUUGUAUCAUUUUUGUACAACAAUAAAUUGUAUUACAGUUA